AUGUCCAGAUUCUUUGCAAACUCGUACGAAUACGAGAGCGGGUCGUCCUCGUCUGAGGAAGACCUUCUUUCAGCCUCCGAAGAAGAGCUAAUGAGCUCUUCUUCGUCCGAUAACGAAGAUCUACAGGAGUCGCAAGACGAGGAGUCUGACGACUCUUUCUUUGACGAGUCUGCGUCGGAAUCAGAUGUGGAUUCUGACGAUUCAGAUGGCAGGCCAUAUGGUCCCGACUGGUUCAAGAAACCAGAGUUCCGUAAAGGAGGUGCCACUGGCGCGAACCGUUUCCUCAAAAACGCCGACUACUCGGACUCAGAAUCAGAUGACGAGGGCAAAAAGGUGGUUAAGUCUGCUAAGGACAAACUGCUGGACGAAAUGCGCAGUGUUCACGACAAGAUCGACGUGGCUGAGAUGACCCAGGACUUUGUAACCGUUCUCAGCGAGCUCGACACCAUGACAAGACUCGUGACCAGAGCUCAGCAACAAAACUACGGUAUUCCAAAUGUCUUCAUCCAAGUUCUUGCCCAAGUCGAGGAUGCUGUUGCCGCUACGUCGCAGCAAGACAUCACAAACAAGGCUGCUGCCAGAGCUUACAACACCACUAAGCAACGUGUUCGUAAGAUAGCGCGUGACUACGAGGAGAUCAUUGCCAAGUACCGUGAAUUCCCUGAAGCGUUCAGCACUGAGCCCACCGAGGACGGUGCCGCCGCGCAGGACAACUUUGCAGUUUCGUCUUUCGCUUUGGCCGGAAAGAAGGCUGCCGAUUUGUCUUCUAUCGCCACUGCAACCUCUGAAUCUGACUUUUUUACCGCCUUGCGUAUUGUCAUCGACUCCAGAGGUAAGAAGGGUACCGAUCACCAGGCACAAAUUAAAACUUUGGAAGAACUGUUGGAUAUUGCCAAGAGUCCCUACGAAACCAUUCUUGCAUACAUCAAUUUGAUUUCAUUCAGAUUCGACUCCUCAGCAACGCUUUCUUACCAACCUAUAGAUCAGUGGAAGGCCUCCCAGCGUGAUAUCGCCAAGCUUUUUGAUAUUCUAGAAGCCCAUGUUGGUCAAUACCAUGUCUCUGAAUUUGCUUCCAGAAACGACUUCAUAGAGGAUGAACCUCAAACUAAUGAGCAAGGAGUUAAAGAGAUCCUUGGGUCUGUGUACUCCUUCGUGGAAAGACUGGAUGACGAGUUCAACAAGUCUUUACUGAACACAGAUCCUCAUUCCAGCGAUUUCCUAGAUCGUCUCAAGGAUGAGCAAAGCGUUUACAAUUUGAUCUUAAGAUCGCAAUUGUAUCUAGAGGCAACUACAACAGUUCAAGCAGACCUUCAGAAGAGGUUGGCUCGUGUUCUUAUCAGAAGACUUGAUCACAUUUAUUACAAAUCUAGCAAACUAGUUGCGAUUACUGAAAGCAAAGCAUGGAGGAGUUUGCGUCAAGACUCCAAGUCUGAAGUGACACCUUUGGGUGAGGAAGUCAACGAAGCCUAUGUUUUCAAGCUCAUUGACACUUUGCAUCAGAUGUUGUGCAACCAGAAGGAUGGUUCUCAACGCAAGAGAGCCGCGCUGUACCAAAUCUAUUUCUAUGCCUUGAACAACGAGUUCGAAAAAGCAAAAGAAAUGCUGCUUUCGUCUCACGUUCAGUCUUCCAUCAACUACUCUGACCCACCUUUGCAAAUCUUGUUCAACAGAGCUGUUGUUCAGCUAGGUCUUGCUGCAUUCAAACUGUGUUUGAUUGAUGACUGUCAUCAGAUUUUGAACGAGGUUUCGACCAGCACGCAUUUGAGGGACAUUCUCGGUCAGCAAAGUCUACAAAGGGUUGCAAACAACAACGCCUUCAGUAAUACGUCAGUUCCAAACGAGCAACUAUGCCUGCCAUUCCAUCAACACAUUAACCUCGAUUUGAUCGACGUUGUGUUUAUGACAUGUUCGUUGCUCAUCGAAGUGCCUCAUAUGGCUGCCUUCUUUUCUGGCAUAAAAGUCAAGAGAAUUCCAUACUCUCAGAAAUCCAUCCGUCGUGCCCUAGAGCACUAUGACAAGUCCAGUUUCCAAGGUCCACCUGAGACUUUGAGAGACCGUGUCUUGUACGCUGCCAAAGCCAUGCAAAGAGGAGACUGGGAAGUUUCGGUGUCAUAUUUGAAUUCUAUUCCAACCUGGUCCAUGUUGCCUAACACCGAAGAAAUGCUUGCCAACCUAACGCAAAGAGUUCAAGUUGAAUCGCUAAGGACUUACAUUUUCACAUACAAAAGGUUCUACUCCAAACUUUCGGUCGAAAAGCUUUGCGAAAUGUUUGGCCUAGCCUCAGAAAAGGUGGUUGAGGUUGUGACCACGAUUAUUACCGACUUUGACAUGCGUGCUGCUUUGGACGAAGGCUCCAAAUACGUUGUGUUUGAAAAGGGCUUUGAAAUUACCAAGUUGGAAGAAGUGGCCGUUAAGCUGGCCAAGGAGACCAAGUACGUUAGCGAACGUCUAAAUGAAAAGAAAUAUGUUGGAAACACUCGCAGACAGGAGUAA